AUCAAAACUGGCAUUUACAAAUAGACUAUUGUUAAUAUGUAAUUAUUGUUAGGAAAAAUUAAGUUAUUUUUUUAAGUAAUAUGAUUGGCUGAGUGAAUGGUCACCAGAAAUGAUUUCAUAUUUGGUCAAGGUCAGAUCUAAAAGCGGAGCGUUAUUUAGAGCUGAUUUUAAUCAGAUUGCAGCAAUACUAAACUUGUUUUCACAAUUCAAAGGACUCAAAUCUAUUCCCACUGGAAUGACAAAAUUAAAGGUACUACACCGAGGUUUUUACCAUGACAGGACUGAAAAUAUUUUUUCAGGAUAAAUGUUCUAUUCAAUGUAGGUCUACAUCAGUAACUUGUGUGCAAAUUUUCAGAUCAUUUGCUCAGUCCAUUUUUCCAAAUAAUUACAGAAAUUGUGAAAAAUGACCCAAAAUUGAAAAAGCAUUGCAAUGCUUUUCACUCAAAUCAGCUACAAACUGCACAAAAUAUGAUUUUCAAUUUUUAUAUUCUUUUUUUGUUUUUUGCAUAUCUUUCUGUUUUAAGUGUCCCAGCUCCUGUACUGUAUACAAGAAAUACAAAUUUAAUGUUUUAAAGCUUUUGGACCUCAGUGGAGUUCCUUUCAAGUAAAGACAUAGUUUUAACACAGACUGAUUACUAUGAUAGGGAUUUAAAUUUUUUAAACCAUUUUUAAAAAUAGCUGAAAAUGAUCAAUAAAAACUGUAAAGCUGUUAUGCCCGUACAAUAAAAAUAUUGAUUUUGGUCAGUCAGCGUGUCCAGUUACCAUUACAUUCUAGGUUAAUUGUAGAUUGUAUGUAUACAACUAGAUAAAGUUAUACUUUUAAGGCAAUUAAAUAAAUAAAAGCUUUGAAUUUAAAAUUAUGCUUGUAUCGGAGUAUAAAUUGUCAUUUGGAAUAUUAACAUGUGUUAUAUUUAUUUCAAUACUGGCUGUAAACUUUCUAUCAGGAUUUGCUACCAUUGAAUUACAUUGGAAAUCAGGCAGUUUGCUGUCACAAAACAAUUCUAGAAAUACACUUGUUCAAAGGAUGAACUCUCAAAAAGAACCCAAAGUCUACAGAAGUAAUGGAAACAGACAUUGGUGUGACAAAAUGUACGACAAUUACACAUGGUUUCAAACUGACCAUGGUCGUCUGCUGCUUAACGAAACAAUAUAUUACUGUGGGAUUCCAAAAUGUGGUUCAACAUUCAUGGGAACAUUCCUGCACAAAUUAUUUUCAAGCAAAAUCGGAAAUAAUUCUUCUUCCUUUAUGCUUCGAAUAAAGAAGAAUGUGACAAUAUCUAACGUCUACUCCUUUAUGUUUGUGAGAGAUCCAUACAGCCGACUAUUUUCAGCAUAUGAGAAUAAAUUGUUCAAUCCAAAUUCAUUUUUUUCAAAACUGGGAACUGAUAUCAUCAAGGAGGUCAGACAAAAUGCAUCGGCCCUAAGUUUACAAUUUGGUCAUGAUGUUACCUUUACUGAACUUAUUCAAUACAUCAUAAAGUUUUACGAACAAGGUAGAAACCUUAAUCCACAUAUUGCAGCCAUGCAUACGAUUUGCCACCCAUGUCGACAGAAAUAUAAUUUCAUAGGUAAACUGGAAACAAUGACCACUGAUCUUGUUCAGUUAGUAAAGGAAUGGAACACACGUGGAAUAAUUUCAAAAAAGAUGAAUACAACAGAUGUCGAAUCUGACGUUAAGGACGGCAGAAUAUAUGGCACGAUCGGACACAUGUUCAGAUUCCAACACAAGGCUAAAAAUUUGAUUUCACAAUACAAACUAUUCCAUAGGACGUGGGCAAGCUAUCAAAUACGAGGAAUUAUCCUCAAAGAUUAUGAAAUGCCUUUUAACGAAUCAAGUGCAAGAACAGCGCGUUUUGGGACUUACACUAAAGCAAUACAGACUGCAGUUAGUGUCAGUAAAAUGCAUAAAAGUGAAUUAAAAGCUCAAAGAAAAGAGGCCCUUUAUCAGGCCUACAGAAAUGUUCCUGUAGAUCUUUUAGAAAAACUUGGACAGUUUUUAAAAACAGACUGUGAACUUUUUGGAUAUGAAAAUAGACCUGGGUGGAUUUUUAACCAAUCUGAGUGGAAACCAUUAAGUGGGCAUAAUUAUUUUGAGUGGUUAUGAAUGAAUUAUGUGUAUGAAUUAUUUGUGUAAUUAGCUUCUAGUUUUAUAUAGAAUAUAGCAACUGAGAAAGCAUUUAAAUAUAAAUAUAAUUAUGUUUUAAGUUUAAAUACAUAUUUUAUUUCAAUAUAUACUUAUUAAUGAAAUAUUGAGAACUAUUGAUGAAAUAAAAUGCAUAUUUUCAUUUUCUGUAUUUUCACUGAUAACUUGCCAGACUACUUUCUUCUUAAUUCGCCCAGUACACAAAAUUUAAGGGAAAGUCUUUCUAAUUGUAAUGUCAAAAAAGAGAAAAAUGUAUAUAAUAAGCAGAAAAUUCAAGUUUUUUCUAUGAAUACAUGUUUUAUUUUCAUCUUGUGGCAUGAAAAUUAUAUCGUAGCUGGAAGCAAAGGUUAAUAACUUUUAGUUCUCACAUUGUAAGU